CAUCAGAGAGAGAGGCAACACCAAAAGGGAAAAUUCAAUAACAUUAAUUUGGUCUCCAACUUAUCAUCAUCAGCUGAGGUUUUCAAGAAUGGUGAAGGCAGAAAACAAGAGGAUCCCUUCAUCAACAAAGACUAAUUCUUCUCAAUGCAAGAACAAGUACAAGGGUGUAAGAAUGAGGAGCUGGGGAUCAUGGGUUUCUGAGAUUAGAGCACCAAACCAGAAGACAAGAAUUUGGUUAGGCUCUUACUCCACCCCUGAAGCUGCUGCUAGAGCUUAUGAUGCUGCACUUGUAUGCCUCAAAGGCUCAUCAGCCAAUCUCAAUUUCCCUAUCCCAGCUGCUAAAACCCCCCAACAACAAUAUCUUAACCCUGACAGUUGUAUCUUAUCCCCAAAAUCCAUCCAAAGGGUUGCAGCUGCAGCAGCUGCCAAUGCCUCUUUUCUUGAAAACAACUUGAGCCCACAAUCACCCUCCACCCUACUCUCUCCUUCUUCCUCUUUAUCUACUUCAUCAUCAUCAUCAUCCCUUGAAUACUCAAAUUCAUCUCCAUCACUUUCUUCAUCAUCUUCUCCUCCUAACCCUACUAGUAUGAGUUUCCGGAUUGACGAUGAUCUCAUCUCCUUAGCAGCAACGCCCGGGGAUGAAUAUGACUCGCCCCAGUUUGAUCAGGUUAUGGCCUCAUGGUACAACUUUGAAUCCCCAAAGUACACUGAGAUGAUCAAUGGGAUGUUCUUUGAUCCAGUGAUGAUGGAGGAGUACUCUUACGAAGAUCAUAGCGAUAUCAGAUUAUGGAGCUUCUGCUGAUCAUCAAUUUCAACAAUUCAAACUAUUUAUUUGUUUGUUUAUUCAUUGGAUGAUCUUCAGUUUAUUUCUUGAAGACAUUGCUGACAGUGACACCAAUAUAUUUUAUUUAUUUAUUUAUUUAUUUUUAUAAUUAUUGUGAAAUUCAAAGUAUUUCACAAGAGAGAAAUGUACGUAUUUUCUUCACUCGAAUGUACGUAUUCCUUUGAUAUGAUGUUAUUCAUUAAUAAAUAUCUGUAUACGUAUGAUAAGGAAGGACAAAUACUUAGUGCUUAAUUUAUUCAUCUGGAAUUCUCAAGUGUGUUAUCACU